AGCGACGCUUCAGGAAUUUUAAAGAGCGUUUAUUCACUCUCGCGUUUUAUUCGACGUGGCUUUGUUUUAUUUUUAUCUCCGGUGUUUGUUUCAUCGGUAACUUAGUUCGUCGCGGACUUUUGUGUUUACCAUCCGUCGCUAUAAAAACAUCGAUAUUUCCGUUCCAUAUUCUUGAAGGAUCUGACCAGCGAUUUCAAUCAUGUUUCCUGAGAGCAGCACUGGGUACAGUUUUGAGGACUGCCAGGCCACAGCGGACUGGCUUCUUUCCCAGACUGCAGUGCGUCCUCUGGUGGGCAUUGUGUGCGGAUCUGGUUUGGGUGGACUGGCUGAUGCCUUAAAAGACCAGGUGGCCUUCAACUACAGGGACAUCCCCAACUUCCCCCAAAGUACAGUGCAUGGUCAUGCAGGACGGCUGGUGUUUGGCACUUUGAAGGGCAGACCUUGUGUCUGCAUGCAGGGACGAUUUCAUCUUUAUGAGGGAUAUCCGAUCCAAAAGAUCACAAUGCCAAUGCGGAUAUUCAAACUGUUGGGUGUGGAGACCGUGAUUCUCACCAACGCUGCUGGCGGCUUGAACCAGGACUAUAAAGUAGGCGACAUCAUGAUCAUCAAAGAUCACCUCAACAUGCCUGGAUUUGCUGGAAACAACCCUCUGGCUGGACCCAAUGACGAAAGGUUUGGUGUUCGUUUCCCCUGCAUGUCUGACGCAUACGAUCGAGAGCUUCAGCAGCUGGCAUUCGACGUGGGUUCAGAGCUCGGUUUCAGCGACUUCCUACGAGAGGGAGUGUACUGUGUUUUAGGAGGACCGUCGUUUGAGACGAUUGCAGAAUGUCGAAUGCUACACAAGCUGGGAGCUGAUGCCGUCGGCAUGAGUACGGUUCAUGAGGUGAUCGUGGCACGGCACUGCGGGAUGCGCGUCUUCGCUCUGUCUUUGAUAACUAAUAAGGCGGUGAUGGACUAUGACAGCGAGGAAAAGGCCAAUCAUGAGGAAGUUCUGCAGACGGGCAAACAGAGGGCGGAGCAGCUAGAGAGGCUGGUGUCCACCAUAGUCACCCGGCUAGAACACAACAAUAAUUUUGCUUAAGACUGUUCUCAGAUCAGUCACAGACCAAAGAACGCAGACUCAUCUGUGAAUGAACAUUUCAGUUAUGGUUUCAAAAACUCUGUUAUACAGGUGAAUUCCACUUAUUUAUAUUUGUUGAAUCUUUUUAAAGCCUUUUAAAGCGUUCAUUCAGUUUUGGUCUGUGAUAUUUUGCUCUUAUGUAUAUAAACUCGGUCAACAGGACAGUACUUGUGUUUCUCUCUCUCUCUCUCUCUCUCUCUUUCUUCAGAAAAGAAAAAAUACAAAUAAUUGUUACAUUCCUCUGAAUGCUAGAACUAAUGUUUCUUUUGUCUAAGUUAAUGUUUACUAUUUGUUACUAUGUCUUAAUUUAAAAAUUGAAUUCUCUGUAAAACUUUGAUUGCUUUGUAGUAUUUGUCUGUAUUUGUCUAAUGUGUUUUUUAACAUUUAUUAGUAAAAUUGACUAUUUAUUA